CUCGUCCUCCCCCUUCCGGUCGGCCAGGAGGCUUCUUCCGCCCCACGAGUGUUCUGCGCGAGUCGCCUGAUAAGCGACCGCCGCUCGGGGAGGGAAGGUGCCGGCGCGCGGAGUCCGAGGCCAGCCCGCGAGGACGUCGCCAUGCCUAAAGCACCAAAGGGAAAGAAUGUGGGACAGGAAAAAAAAGUCAUCCAUCCAUAUAGUAGAAAAGCAGCUCAGAUUACGAGAGAGGCCCACAGGCAAGACAAAAAGGAAAAAUUGAAAAAUGAAAAGGCACUGCGUCUCAACCUUAUUGGUGAAAAACUGCAGUGGUUUCAAAAUCAUCUCGAUCCCCAAAAAGUACGAUAUUCAAAGAGAGCCGCUUGCAACUUAAUUGAAAGGUAUCUGAGUCGGUUCAACGACGAGCUGGAGCAGAUAGAGCUGCAGAAUGACGUCAGGGCCAGGCAGGGGAGGCGGCAUUGCGCACGAGAGGCGGCCAUCAGGCAGACGGUGCAGCGCGAGCGACAGCAGUUCCAGGGCUAUGGCUUCGGGUGUGCAACAGCCACCAGGAGAAAAAUGGGAUUCGGCGCUUACAGGUUCUGGCUGGCAGAAUGGGCCCUGGGGCCCUGCCUCAGCUACAGCCCCCGAGAUUCCAGACAUCUUAAAUGCAAGUAAUCUGAAGAUUUUCAGGGAAUGGGAUUUUGAUCUGAAGAAGUUGCCAAAUAUUAAAAUGAGGAAGAUUUGUGCUAAUGAUGCACUGCCUAAGAAGUGCAAGCGGAGAACGGAUCCAGCCAUAGACAGAGACUUGGGGGAGCUGGAACUGAAAGAUGAGUCCAGUGACAGUGACACGGACCAGGAGAUGACCGCAGUGGAGUGAUUGUCCUUCCUUAAGCUGCAGAUGAUUGGAGAACCUCAUGUUACACUUGAAUCGAUUAUGGAAAAUAGUUGUCUAGAUACAAGAAUUCCUUAUUAACUCAUUCUCUUAAAUGACAAGAAUCCGUUUGCAGUUUCAAAAACAGUAUUACGAUUUUUACUUAAAAAUGAGCAUUGCUUUUCUUAUACAUUAGGAUGUUGGACUAGGUAGGAGUGAUCUCUCUGAAUCUCUGAGCUGAAUGAACAGUAUGAAUGAGGACAAACGUGUUGUACUUUUCCCCUAACAUUUGCUUGGAAUAACCUAAUCUCACACUUAGGGCCGUGGCAGCAGCUACUGAAGGUUACUGUGGAUACCUCUUGAGCAGUGGUGAUGGCAGAAUUGCCUUUUAGUAGUGAGGUUUCAUUAUUCUUCCUCUUACAUUAAUCUGUUUUCUUUCCUUGUGAAGGGGAAUAUGUGAUAUAGAAUUUAUAUACACAUAUGGGUUGUACAUUGCUUUUAUUUAUUGCCUUUGAGCCAGAGUUAGUUAAAUGGUUAAAAACAAAAUCAAACAGGAGUCCUUGUUAUGUAGAGCUCCUGUGCUUAAACUGUUAUCUUGAUAAAGGGGAUAAAUGGUUUCAGGUUAGCUCUUUUGAUUUCUAUAUUAUUUUUUACUUUCUCAUUGUGAAAAAUGAUAGGUUGUUUUUUGUGGAAACAGCAAGAUUAUAGAAAAGUAGUUAUUUCAGUUGUGUUAUUUUUUUCUUCUAAAAGAUAAAUUAAAUUGACAUAUAGCUCAGUAUUUCCAGUAUCAUGAAAAAACAUGAAUGUGCAGAAUGUUCCUCACAGAACUUGAGAAAUGCAAGUAUCUUUUAGUCUUUUUAUAAAGAAUGCAAUGGAAGUGUAUUUGAGUAUUUUCAAGGAAAAAAAAGUUUUAUGAGGUAACUGAGUAUCACUAAGCCUUACUAACAGUUUUUUACUUUAGAAAAUUAAAAAUAAAACAUUUCUAUAAUUUCA